UAUACAAUUUAGGUAAAAUGAGAAACUUUUUCGAACAAGCCUGCCCUGCCGCGGACGGCAGCCAACCAGGAGGCGCCGCGCCUUGUGCCUCACACAAUAAAACCACAGAAUAUGUUUGCCUACUGCCAGAGCAGAUGGAACCGGAGACAGAGAGAAGUAGAGAGAGCGACAAAAAGGGAUGCCUGGCCACGAGAGAGAGGGAGGAUGAGAGUGAGAGAGAGAAAGAGAGGCCGUGACAUAAGGGUGUCCGUGCUCUCCGGCAGAGGCAGAAUCUGAACAGACUCCGUGCAGAAUCUGGACAGAUGGGCCGAGUGCCGCGAGAGUGUGGAGAACUCUCCCAAUCUGAAUGGGACAAUAUGAGAAUACGAGAAUUCCAACUGGACUGACUUGGGUGGUGGCAAGUUGCAAGUGGCAAGUGGCGGGUACUUAAGGAGGAACAGAUUGCGAGCAGGCAGCAGUCGAAGCUGGAAUUUCGAAUCGAACGGAACAGAACAAAGUCCAGACCCAGUGAGAAGCGAGAAUCGAGUUGAAAGCCAAGUGAAGAUGAAUUUGCUCAUGGAUAGCCUUCCGUCGCAUGCGAAUCCUGGCUCGCGUCGCUCCACGCCGCCCCAGCACACGGAGCUGAGGAUCUCCACAUCCUCGCCACACCACAACCAGCAGCAGAACCAUGCACAGCAUCAGCAGCAGCACCAGCAGCACCAACACCAGCACCCACACCAACACCAGCUCCAACAGACACCCAAUCUCAACAACAACAACAAUGAGACACCCACAUCGCCACCCGGUGGAAAGACCACGCUGAAGCGCGCCUUCGACGUGGCAUUUCUGAUGAUGCCCGACGAGCGCAUCAAGCAAAAGCAGGCCGAGAAACAGGCACGUCUCCAGGAGGCACUGCAGCAACACCACCAUCACCACCAACAGCUGCAGCUGCAGCAGCAUCAGCAGCAGAUGAACCACUAUCCCACAGAUCUGUCACCGCGUGGCGCCUCCUCGCAGCCACCAUCGCCGGCGGCCAUGGAGUACAUCAGCCUGCUGGAGGCGCGUCAACGCUAUCCCCAGCUGAGCAUCCGCUCGCCGCGAGUGUACGAUGAUCCCACUCUGGUCAUACCGCUAGUGGAUUCCCCGGAGGCCACGGCCACGGCCUCGCCACCACCGCCAAUGCGUAGCGCCUUUACGAAAGUGGCCUCGUCGUCGUUGUCCACAUCCUCGUCGCCUUCGACCACAUCGCGUCUGGAGUCGCCCGUGGAUGUGGGAGCCCCUCCAUUGAGCCCGGAUCAACUGAGCUGCCAUUCGAUGAGUCCGCCGCUGGUCACGCCACCGCCGCGCACCAACAGCGGUGGCAGUGUGGGAAGUGUGGGUCCACCACAUGUCGCCAAUCCCUUGCCACCCAAUCCGAUUAUGUACCACAACUUUCGGCCAGAGUACCAGUUCAACGGAGCCUUCCAGGCGGUGAAUCCCAUGCAGGCGCUGCAGGCACAGCAUCGGCUGAAGCAGCACCUGCUCUACACGCGUCCCCCGGGACCAGGUGGCCAUCCCAAUGGUGGAGGAGGACCGGGGACACCCUCAUCACCACCGUCGGGUCCGCCAGCGGAGUUUCUGCAUGGCUCAUAUCCGGGAUUCGGGCCGCCUCCGCAUCCGUUUGCCGUGUCCCAGCCCCUGCAGAAUCCUGCAGCAGCUGCGAUUCUCUCCACGCUAAUCCCACCCACACUGGCCUCCACCUUCACCCUGACCGCACAGAACGUGUGCGCCAAGUGCAACAUUAGCUUCCGGAUGACCAGCGACCUGGUCUACCACAUGCGCUCCCACCACAAGAGCGAGGUGGCCUGCGAUCCCAAUCGCCGCAAGCGUGAGGAGAAGCUGAGGUGCCCCGUCUGCCAGGAGACGUUCCGCGAGCGGCACCAUCUCACCAGGCACAUGACGGCCCAUCAGGACAAGGCCAGUGACCAUCAGCCGCAGCUGGAGGAGUCCAGCGACAAUGAGAUCAUCAAUGUGGUUGGCGGCACACCGCCCGGACGGAGAAUGGGAGGUGUACCCAAAUGAUCGAAGCAUUUCUUCGGAUACUUUUAAGACUCAACCCCCAGCCGUCAUCGUUUUUGUGCCCGUAAUGCCCCUUCUCUAUUGUGAUAUUAAUUUUACUUUUUUUUUUUAGCCCUAAAUGUAGUGCAAUUUUUUUUUUUAAAUAGCCUCUCUCUAUGUCUAUGAAUAAUCAGUCUUUGCGGAACCGAAACGUUCUCUGGUUCAAUCAUUGUAAAAUAUUUGAAAUAAGUUGCCGAUCUGCUAAUCUUAGCAUACAAUGUGUGGCUGAAUGUUUCAAUAAAAAUCUAAAUGUUAUGCAAAUCUUAA